GUAACUUUUGCGACGUCGCCCCACUUGCAGGCCCAGUGGUGCUGAGCACGCCGGCCCAGCUGGUGGCGCCGGUGGUGGUGGCCCGCGGAACGCUUUCCAUCACCACCACGGAGAUCUACUUCGAGGUGGACGAGGACGACCCCGCCUUCAAGAAGGCUGACGCGAAGGUGCUGGCCUACUCGGAGGGUCUGCACGGCAAGUGGAUGUUCAGCGAGAUCCGAGCCGUGUUUUCCCGACGCUACUUGCUGCACAACACGGGUCUGGAGGUCUUCAUGGCCAACAGAA